AUGUUUGAAGAGAUGGAAGAAGAAGCAAUGAAUAUUUCAUUAAAUUUUUCUGUCAUGCCAUCACAGUUAGAUACAUCGUUUAAUCUCACAACUCUUACUACUUCAGAUGAUGUAGAGAUUGAAAAUGCUGUCAAAAUAAUAGCAUUACGACUAGAAUUAAAAGGAACAUUAAAUUCUGGAAAAUUUAGUAAACAAGAGAUGCCAUAUCGAACAUACAUUUAUACACAAAGCAAAUAUUUAUUUUCUGGAGCAUAUGAUUCGAAAAAAAGAAAACAUGUGGAACGUUAUGAUAAGAAAUCCAUUAAUGAUUUCGUUUCCUUUAUUUCCACACCUUUAAUAACAACUAUGGUACCAUGGAAAGAAAUGAAAUUAAUUGGAAAAAACCAAACAAAAGAAAAAAUUGCUUUACCAAUAAGAGAUGUUUCAGAUACUGCAAUUAUAAAAAUGUAUUUACAAUACUGUAGUGAAAUAAAAAAAGAAACGGUUCCUAGUGAAAGCACUAUGAGAAAAGUUCUUUCAGCGUGUACAACAAUUAGAAAUAAAGCAAAAGUUUGUGUAGACUACUUUUAUGGAAAUUUGAUGGAUUCAUUAAAAAUGUUUGACAUUUAUUUAGAUGAAUUAAUAAAGAAUGAUGUAUUGGCAAAAAAUUUAAAAAAAAAUUGGAUUAAUAGGAUUGAUUUUGCCAUAUCUUAUUUAAAGUCAGACUACAAAAUUAAUGUUAAAGAAUAA